AUUCUCUUCUACUUGAGCUUCUUCCUUCAUAACGCACAGGGCGUAGAUGAAGGUAGAAAGAUAAAAUAAGAAAAGAAAAAUUGAAAAAAAGAAGAAAAGAAGAAAAGAAAAAGAGAGCAUAUCAUGGCGAAGGGACAACAAUUAGAAGUGCUAAAUGCACUUGACGUUGCAAAGACGCAAUGGUACCACUUCACAGCAAUUGUGAUUGCUGGUAUGGGAUUCUUUACAGAUGCAUAUGACCUGUUUUGCAUCUCUUUGUUGACCAAGCUUCUUGGUCGUAUUUACUAUGACACUCCGGGAUCUGGUAAGCCAGGAGCAUUGCCUAUCAAUGUCUCUGCUGCUGUUAGUGGAGUUGCUCUUUGUGGUACCCUAGCUGGCCAACUCUUCUUCGGUUGGCUCGGAGACAAGAUGGGGAGGAAGAAGGUGUAUGGUAUCACCUUGGUUAUGAUGGUUGCAAUGUCUAUUGCCUCUGGUCUCUCCUUUGGGAGCUCUGCCAAGGGUGUUAUGACAACACUUUGCUUCUUUCGCUUCUGGCUUGGAUUUGGUGUUGGAGGAGAUUACCCUCUAUCUGCAACAAUCAUGUCUGAGUAUGCUAACAAGAAGACUCGUGGAAGUUUCAUCGCUGCUGUCUUUGCUAUGCAAGGCAUGGGUAUCUUGGCCGGUGGUAUUGUCUCUCUAAUUGUUUCAUCCGCAUUUGAGGCCAAAUUCAAGCCUCCCCCAUUCAAAGUCAACGCUAUUGCCUCCCUCCCACCAGAGAGCGACUACAUUUGGCGUAUUGUCUUGAUGUUCGGGGCCAUACCUGCUGCCACAACAUACUAUUGGCGUAUGCAGAUGCCUGAGACUGCCAGGUACACCGCUCUUGUGGCUAAGGAUGCUAAGCAAGCAGCUUCAGACAUGUCCAAAGUCCUAAAGGUUCAGAUUGAUGCAGAGGAGGAAAAGGUUGACAAAAUAGCAAAGAGUGAGAGGAACCAAUUUGGGUUGUUCACUAAAGAAUUUGCUAGACAAUACGGUGUUCGCCUUCUAGGAACCACCAGUACAUGGUUCUUACUCGACAUUGCAUUUUACAGUCAAAACCUUUUCCAAAAAGAUCUUUUUAGCUCCAUCGGUUGGAUCCCACCAGCAGCAGAUAUGAAUGCAAUCAGGGAGGUGUAUAUGGUAGCAAGAGCUCAAACAUUGAUCGCCCUAUGUGGAACCGUCCCCGGCUAUUGGUUCACUGUCGCUUUCAUAGACGUCAUUGGACGUUGGUGGAUUCAGAUGAUGGGAUUCUUUUUCAUGACUGUUUUCAUGUUUGCCAUUGCCUUCCCCUACAAAUAUUGGCAACAAAAGGAGAACCGUAUCGGGUUCAUUAUUAUGUAUGGGCUAACCUUCUUCUUUGCCAACUUUGGUCCUAAUGCCACAACCUUCGUGGUUCCCGCAGAAGUCUUCCCGGCUAGGUUGAGAUCUACUUGCCAUGGUAUAUCUGCAGCAACUGGAAAAGCCGGGGCUAUAGUAGGAGCCUUUGGAUUUGUGUACGCCUCGCAAGAAAAGGAUCCGGCUAAGAGAGAUCAUGGUUAUCCCGCCGGUAUUGGGAAGAGUAAGUCUCUUAUCGUGCUCGGUGUCAUCAACUUUAUUGGUAUGCUUUGCACUUUAAUGGUUCCCGAAUCUAAGGGUAAGUCACUUGAAGAAUUAGCUGGCGAGGUUGAGGUCGAUGACGACCGCAGAGGAUCCGCUUGAUUAACAUUGCGGUGAAUUGGAGCUGUUGCCUACUUCUUAAUUAUCAGUUGUUCGGCUCCAAUAUUUCUCUUGUUUGCUACUUCAGUUGCUUUAAUACCUUCCUGUUGGUUAUAUCCCUUUACAACCAACCUAGCCUUAUUUCUUACAAUUGUACCAUAUUCAUCAAGUUUGUUUCGAAAGACCCAUUUUAAACCUAUGACCUUUUUAUCUAGUGGCUUAGGUUCAAGAUGCCAUACCUGAUUUCUUUUGAAUUCAUUAAGUUCCUCUUGCAUGGCUAUAAUCCAGUCAGGGUCUUCUAAGGCUUCUUUAUGGUUGCAAGGUUCCAAAGUAGAUAGAAAAGCAUUGAAGGCACAGAAGUUCCUCAUUUGCGAUCUAGUCUGAGUUCCUUCGCAUAAGUCACUAAUAAUUUUGUCCAGUGGGUGUGACUUUUGGUGCUUCCAAGGUUUGGGCUGGAAGGUUUGGAUAGUAACUAUUCUUAUUUUCUGAGCCAGUUGCUUCUUCUUCAGUGAUUUCCUCUUGUGUUAUUGGUUCCUCGGCAGGUUCUUCAAUCUGAGGUUGUUCUAUCGAAGGAACUUCAGUCAGUAUGUCGAGUUCCUUCUCCGGAUUUUCAUGAUUUUCAUUUACUCGAGUUGGCUGCUUAUUUGGAAUUAUUGCAUCUUCUUCUUGUUCUUGAGAACGUACUAGACCAAUUUCAAAGUCAUAGUCCUCAUGUUCCUGUGUACAUGGAAGUGGAUUAGUUUCAUCAAAUAUAACAUGCACACUUUCCUCAACACACAUAGUACGUUUAUUGUAAACUCUAUACGCUUUACUGUUAGUAGCAUAUCCAAGAAAUACGGCUUCAUCACUUCUUUCAUCAAAUUUCCCUAUGUUUCUUUUACCAUUAUUAUGCACAAAACAUUUACAACCGAAUGCUCUAAGAUGAGAUAUGUUCGGUUUUCUGCCUUUCAUCAGUUCAUAGGGUGUCUUAUUUAAUAUAGGCCUUAGCAUGACACGAUUUAUAAUAUAACAGGCUGUAUUCACGGCUUCUGCCCAGAAGUUCCUUGGAAGAUCGCUGGCUAUUAACAUGGUUCGAGCCAUGUCUUCUAAGGUUUUAUUCUUCCUUUCCACAACUCCAUUUUGCUGUGGAGUCCUUGGAGCUGAGAAAUUAUGACUUAAGCCUUGUUCCCUGCAUAAAUCAUCAAAUUUAAAAUUCUCAAAUCCAGUGCCAUGAUCGGAUCUAAGGUGUAUCAGUUGAUGACCUGUGGACUUUUGAAUUCUCCUGGAAAAUGUAACAAACUCGUCAAAAGUCUCAUCCUUACUAGACAUAAAAAUAACCCAUGUAAAUCUAGAAUAAUCAUCAACAAUUACUAAGACGUACUUCUUUCCACUUCUACUUUGAAUUCUCAUAGGACCACAUAAAUCCAUAUGAAUUUAUUGUCGCUUUCAUAGACGUCA